AUGCUCCUGCUCCUGCUCCUCCACCUCCUGCUCCUCCUGCUCCUCCUGCUCCUCCUGCUCCUCCUGCUCCUCCUGCUCCUCCUGCUCUACCUUUCCCUCGUCUUUUUCUCCUUCGAGUCGUCUUCACUUCCCCUCCCUUCCUGCGUCUGGGCGAGACCUCAGCAUGCAGAAAUGCCCUUGUGGAAUGCAGACGAGGUCCGAGGGAAGAUCGUGGCCGUCAUGCGGGGGCCCCGAGCGAACGCUCCUGCCUGCAACUUCUCCCUCAAGCUCUUCUACUGCCAGCAGGCAGGGGCUGCCGCUGUUGUCUUCGUCGAGUUCGAUCCACAGGCCCGCUUCCGCGUCAUCCCGCGACUGGUGGAGGGACCCCUCUUCCCUCCUUCCCCCUCCCCCUCCCUCACCACCCGCCUCCCCUGCUGCCUCAUUAUGCACAAGGAGGCCGCCGUCCUACAGGAAGGAGCCAUCCACGUGAUGGAAUUCUUCCCUCCCGGCAUCGCCAACAUCCCUGCGGGCUGGAUGGUUGGGGUCGUGGUGUGCGUCAGGCAGGAGAGCAAGGUUGGGCUCUCCAAGGACAAGGCAACGGAGCUCAUGUCUGAGUUCUUCCAAGCCCGCAAGAAGGAGAGGACGCAGGAGGGGCAGAUGCUCAAGGAGAAGAGGGAGAGAGGUGCUGCCAUCAUUUCCAUGACCAGUAUGGGCUUUCUGAUCAGUCUCAGGACGCACGGGCUGCUCCACCUCGGUCAAGCAGCGAUGCUGAGCAAGAUCACAGACAAGAAGAGGGCCCAGGAGCUGGCGGCGAAAGCGGAUGAGGCUGCCUCGAUCUUCGAGAGCAUCGUGCAUGGAGCUCUGGCGAGUCUUGGUCCCACCUGGGCAACAGGAGCCAGCGAACCUGAGAGCCCGUCGACAGCUGGACAUAUUCAGAUCAUCAACGAAUGCCCUAAUGGCGGGAGGAAGCAGGAUGGGGAGAAGGAGGGCGGGAGCCGGGACUCCGGGGAGGGGCAGCAGCCCAAGACCCGAGACAUUGGAAUUCAGUGCAACGAGCCGCCGCGGACUUUCAGCUUUGGCCUCCUCCCCUCCUUCACCUGA